AUCCGUAGAAUACUGGCGGGAUCCGUUUACUUGUGACGCUAUCAAAAGACUGCCUUUUCUUAUGAGUCUGUCAAUUCCUAGACCAAAAAGAAACGCGCUAAAUAACCAAAUAACCAUCCUAAUAGCGAGAUGCUAUAGAAUGCUAUACAAUGCGGAAUCGACGGGCUUCACUGCCUCCCUACAGAGUUAUCCCUCUACACUUAUAUCCGUAGAAUACUGGCGGGAUCCGUUUACUUGUGACGCUAUCAAAAGACUGCCUUUUCUUAUGAGUCUGUCAAUUCCUAGACCAAAAAGAAACGCGCUAAAUAACCAAAUAACCAUCCUAAUAGCGAGAUGCUAUAGAAUGCUAUACAAUGCGGAAUCGACGGGCUUCACUGCCUCCCUACAGAGUUAUCCCUCUAGCGUAUUCUAUACACCUCAUUGUAGCAGACAAAAGUAAAUAGCCGGUCAGACUGAAGAUGGCUGUGCUAAAGAGGACAGAAUCGACUGCACUCCUUGCUUCGCAAAAAUCUGAGCAUUUGACAGGUUCUCGGGAGUCCAUCAAUGGCGUCCAACUGAAUGUUAAAGAACUUGCAAGAAGUCUUGGCUUUUGGCAUGCAUUUGCCUACGUGGUAGGAAUCUUGUUUGGCUCUGGUAUGUACAUCUCGCCAAGCCUUGUAGCAAGAGAAACUAACAAUAUGGCUAUAGCGUUGGUAGUUUGGAUAGUCUCUGGAAUAAUACCCAUCUUGGGUGCAAUGUGCCUUUGCGAACUGGCUUGUGCAAUUGGUAAAACAGGAGGUGAAUACAUUUUUAACAAAGAAGCCUUCGGAGAUAUCGCUGCAUUUGUGACUCUGUGGGCUAAGGCCGUUAUUGGUUUUCCCGCCGGCAUGGCUGUUUUGGGAGUGGCGAUCAGUGAGUACUUUUUAAGCCCGUUUAUUGACAUAACUACCUCGAAUGGAGUUUGGAUAACCAAAGCUGUUGCUGUGCUUUUCAUCGUGAUGUCUGCCAUCAUAAAUUCUUUGAGCGCCUCGUUUGUUGGCAAAACCCAAGUCUUUUUCACGACCAUCCAGUCAUUGUCAGUGCUAUUUUUCGUUUCUCUGGGAAUAUGGAAAGCUUCUGCAGGACACACUCAAAAUUAUGUUACUAUUUUUGACAAUUCCAGCAAAUUUGAACUCGGUAGUUUUGGUAUAGCCUUUUACAAUGGACUAUGGGCAUAUGAUGGAUGGGGACUCAUUUGCACAAUCACAGAGGAAUUGAAAAACCCAAAAAGGGACCUCCGACUAGCAAUUCUUUUCGGAGUCGGAUUUGUUAUUCUAUGUUACCUUUUGGUUAACUUAGCGUUGUUGGCGGUUUUAACCCACGGAGAAAUUGCAAGUUCAUUGUCAGUGUUUACGCUGUUUGUGACAAAGAUUCUCGGCAAAAAUGUCGCAUUCGUUGUGCCCUUUGCUGCUGCUUUUUCCUGUUUCAGUGCACUGAAUGGAACAAAUUUCAUUUGCUCGCGACUUGUUCUCUCCGCCUCUCGCGAAGGACAUUUGCCUGAACCAUUGUCGUACAUUCAUGCGGACAGAAGAACGCCCAUACCAGCUGUCUUAUUUCUAUCUUUACUGUCAAUGAUUUGGAUUCUCGUUCUUGGAGCAGGAACACAAAAUCUUCUUAUUUACUUUUCAUUUGCAAUUUGGUUUACAUACGGCUUAGCGAUAUUCGGUGUCAUUGUUCUACGGGUGCGCCAACCAGAUCUACCGAGACCCAUCAAGGUAUGGAUUAUCAACCCGAUAUUCAUGACAUUAGUUUCUCUGUUGCUUUUAGUUUUUCCAUUUUUGAAACGACCAGUUGAGAGCAGUUUAAGCCUGGCUUUUGUUUUUGUAGCAGUUCCGAUAUACUUUCUAGUUGUGCAGGAACGAAACUGCAGUCCAGCCUGGCUGCGCAGUUGGAAAGACAAACUAUACUUUUGCAUCCUUUUGCGCUGUAACCUCGUGAAGUGUGUUUUUGUUGCCAGCAAGACUACCGUAAAGAAUUUUCAAAUAGAUUCUACAAGUCUUUAGUUGAAAUAAUCAGCGAUGAUGCCUAUGAAAGAAUUUUUUAUUUGUACGAGGUUUUUACCAGAAAGAGGUCGCCAUGACGUCAGAAUUGUGUUCAGCCUUUCCAUUCACUUUAAUUUAUUCUAUAAAAGUUAAGAUUUUGUCGCUUCUGUGUUAAGUUUCAGGAUUUUAAAAGUUGUUAACUGAUUGGAUUUUUGUUAAUCUUGUUUCUUGUUAAUGAUUUAAAUUUGAUUUCAAAUUAAUGGUUUUGCUUCCCCUCAAGAAAAACUCUUAACGGUUUAAGGUGAAACAUACCGAUCUUGAUAAUAGAAACAUUCCCAUUAUUACCCAAAGUUGGCUGUUUUGAAUUUUUUGGAAAUUUCUCUCAACUGUGAACUUUAGAGGAUACAUUAAAAUCGAUUUUAAAAACAAUUAUUCCCAGUGCGGGCUUCGUACAAUGAGAAAAUUCUGGACUCGCGCUUUGCUUUGUUUUGCAUUCGGCGUCAUUUCCGUCACUACGCAAGCGUCCUAAAGAAACUAACCCAGGUUCGCCCCAGGUUUGUGUUCACACUACACUAUAUCUAAACUAACCCAGGUUUGACCUAGGGCGAACCCACCUUUUGAGAUGUGUUGACUAACCUGGGGCGAACCUGGGUUAGUUUGCGUAUACACUACAAAAAACUAACCUGGGUUAGUUUUAACCUGGGGCGAACCCAGGUUAGUUUGUGUAGUGUAAACAGGGCUAUAGUUUAUGGGUAUCUGAGACCUUGCACUUUGCGGUUUACUGUUGAUGCUUCUUUCAUUAAGCUCAUCGAACACUUUUUAUUAGUUUUGGCUCUUACGUGUUUCUAGCUGAUUGGUUUUUGUUAUUAAUACACCAAUUUUUACUUGCGGUCUCGUUUUGGACAUUUCUCCAAACAUUUGUUAUACGUUUAUUUUUAUGCUGGAUACAAUUUAUCAUAUUUUUUGUGCUUGUCUUUUAGAUUUUAAGGUGAAAUGAAAUUUGAAACUUGCAAGGGAUUCGACUGUAAAAAUCAUUCCGGGGGAAUACUAUCCCCCCCUCCCCUGUCGCCAAUCUCAGUCAAAUCCUUUAUGAAAUUUGUAUCUUUUUGUCGUAAUGAAAAUAUGCAUGUAGACUAAAAUCGUUGCUCUUAACCCGUACACGCGGACCAACUUCGAGUUUGACUCCCUUUGUGCAUUCAAGCAAUUUUGCGUUGUUUUCAAAUUGUUUACAUCCAAUGACAAUGUAAAAAUACGACAUGUCACUUGACUACCUAUUGUCCUCCAAACAAUUGUUCUUCCCAUCCGCUAAUUUGCCCAAUAAAGAUCUAAUUUGGCCUAAUUUGGUCACGGCAUAGAAUAGAAAUUAACUAUUAUGUGGUCACGAUAUGCUAGUGCACGCUUGUUCUAGCUAGUGCAAGCAGAACGAGACACACCUCUCUUUUUGUGUUGUUAUUAUCCAGGCAGUGACGUCUCCAGCUUGUUAGAGUGUAGCGACAGGGCCACAGCAUGCGAUUUAAAAGAGUUCUUAGGAGGGGCAAAUUUUGGGGCCCGUGCUCGAAUGGGACCAUGAUAAUCUUACUUGAACUAUGUAUGUGAAAGAAAUUGCGUGGGUUUUGGGGCGAGCGCCCAAAGUCGUCGGUUAAAGCACAAUUUUAAGGGCUUUUGUCGGAAAAUUUGCUUGCUCUUGUGGCUGGUGCGGUUCCUCUCAGCUUCCUAGGCAACUAUAUAUUGUAAAAAUAUUAGUUCUAUGGACUGUAAAUAACUAUAUAACUAUCUUAUUGUUAUAAAUUUCUAACUAAGUUUCUGAAUAUAAAAUUAAUUGGAAUUUGAAUUUUUGUUGCCAGGAACCAUAGUAGCAGACGGGCUAUAGGGGCUUUAGCGACACAACAAUUUACAAAACCCCGUUCACACAUUUGGCGCGCAAAACAACAGUUGGUUGUAACAACACUAACAGCAUUAGACUUAUCAGGCCCUUUCCCGCCCUAAAAUUAAUUUUGAUUGAUUGACCGAAUUAUUUUUCGAAUGAUAUG